UUGCUCCUCCGAGCGAAGCAGAAGGAGCGGAUCGAGAGCGAGGCAGGAGAGGGAUCCCUUUUCUCUCUCUCUCUCUCUCUCUCUCCGGAGGAUCUCUCCCUUUGGGAGGGAGGAGAAGAGCCCCCGAGGGAGACUAUGCUGCAGGGGGAGGAGAGCAGACCCCGGCCAAGCCAGAACCCAUGACGACUUCCAGCACUAUGUUCUACCGGUCGCCCUCCUCGGUGAUGUCUCCGCCGUCGAAGAACAAGUUCAAGCGGCAAAGCCGGAUCUUCUCCCAGGUCUUGUACCGGACCCUGAGCUACAAGGACCGCAGCUCGGUGGCCUCGUACCCAACCGAGAGCAAGGACGACCCCUCGGAGCUCUCCACCCAGGUCUCGGCCCCCGGCGUGCUCAAGGUCUUUGGCUGCCACAUAUGUGUUGGUGCUCAUUACAAGAGUGUUUUGGCAACGGGCAGCUCCAGCGCCCAGGAGCUGGUCAAAGAAGCCCUGGAGCGGUACGGCCUGGAUAAGGUGGAUGCCGGGCACUACGUCCUCUGCGACGUGAUUGGGAAGUUUUCGGGGUCGGAGAAGCAAUGGCAGAUGGAAGGGCUGAGGGUCCUCCGGGACAACGAGAAGCCUCUUCUGAUCCAGGAUCUUUGGAAGCCUCGGGAAGGCUUCUCCAGGAGGUUUGAGCUCCGGAAGAGGUCCGAAGUGGACGAGCUGGCCGCCAAGGACAAGGACACCAUCACCGCAGGUAUAAAUGCCCAGGCCAGGAAGCUCCAGCGGAACCGCGCCAAAGGCACCAUGACGCUGUUGACGGGAUGCAAGGGCCACACCACGCCACCCACCCUUCGGCGCACGGUCAGCGAGACCAGCCUCAGCCAGGCCGGCAUCAUGCAGGAAGACGGGCAGGACGAGCAGCAGCAGCAGCAACUCAAGCGGCAUUACUCCACGUUGCCGGAGACGUUGUGGUGCCUGGAGAGCAGCCGGGAUGGGCCGCCCCUCCCCGCGGAUGAUCAGAAUGGCAACAACAUGCGGCACUCCUUGUAUCAGUCGCCACACCUCCUGCUUUUGCAGGGCUACAGCCAGCAACACGACAGUUUGGUUUACAUGCUGAACCGUGACCAGCACACCGUUGGCCAGAGAACGCAAGCCAGCAAACCGAGCAUCAGCCUUUCCGCUCCGGACAUCCUUCCCCUCCACUGCACCAUCCGCCGGGUGAAAACGUCCGGCCGUUCCCGGCACCACCGCUCGGAAGAGAAGCUGGUCUUGGAGCCCAUCCCCGGAGCCGGCGUCUCCAUCAACUUCUCCGAGGUGGGCCGGACAGUCACGCUCCACCACGGAGACCUCAUCUCGCUCGGCCUUUACUACUUGCUCCUCUACAAGGACCCCUUGAAGACCCAGCCGCUCCCGGCUCAGACUCUGAUGCGCCUCCGAGCCGUGCGCCGGGCCUCCGAGCCGGAGCUGCCGUCCGGGUGCAAAAUGUGCGGCAACCUCUUGAAAGACAAGGCGGGUCCUUCGUCCAAGAAGCACGGGGCACCACACCCGCCGGCCCCGUCGGGACGGAGAGGCGGGCGGAGGAAGCUGCAGCUGGAGUUCAACAAGGCCAACGAAGACGUGCUCCUGAAGCGGAUCGUCAGCCUCAUUGAGCCCACGGGAGACGACCACAAGCUCACGCCGGCCUUUCUCCUCUGCCUUUGCGUCCAGCACUCGGCCAACAACUUCAGGCCUGGAGAGUUCGGCCAGUUGCUUCUCAAGUCGGCCAAGAUGAUCCAGAGGACUGUUUGGGAGAAAACGAACGAGCUCGCAGAGAAGCAGUCCCAACACCAGGAUCCAGCAUCGCUGUCCCGUUUCACCAUCACAGACCUUCUCCCAGACCUCCAGCACAUCAUCUUCUGGAUGUCCAACUCCAUCGAAAUCCUCUACUUUGUCCAGCAGAAGUCCCCAGUUUACAUCCAAAACAUGGAGGAAGAGUUGGAUAUCAAAGGCUCCAAGGAGUCCCUCUUUUCCCUGACGAUUACGGCCAGUGAGGAAGCCAUGACUGUUCUUGAGGAAGUCAUCAUGUACACCUUUCAGCAGUGUGUCUAUUAUAUAUCCAAGUCUCUGUACGUGUCCUUGCCGCCUUUGUUGGAAUGCAACCCCUUCCAAAGCGAAGUCCAAGACGGCUGGCUGUCGUCUCCUCCGCUGCCCGAGGAAAUCCGCAAAGUGGUUCUCAUCUACCAGGCCACCUUGGACCUCCUGCGCCAGUACGAGGUGCACCUGGAGAUUGCCUCCCAGAUGUUUGCCUACCUGUUCUUCUUCUCCAACACCUUGCUCUUCAACCAGCUCAUGGAGAAAGGAUCCUCCCUUGGCUGCUUCCAUUGGUCCAAAGGCGUGAGAGUCAGGGCCACGUUGCGGCUUCUCUUGGAGUGGGCUCAGAGCGUUGGCUUUGGGCAACUGGCCGACCAGUUCUUUGGCAAGCUGUCCAGCGUGGCAAGCCUUUUGGCCAUGCCCAACUCCCAGCUGGUGCAGAUGACCUGGCCCAUGCUGAGGUCCGAAUUCCCAGCCUUGAGCCCUGCCCAACUGCAUCACAUCCUGACCCAGUACCAAGCCUCAUCUGAUGUCGGCUGCGUUCCUGUCUGGCAACCUGGAAAGGAAGAUAGUCUCUCCGCCUUCAGGACAGAUGACAUCCUGGAGUCCUUUGACAACCACCCUCCCAUCAUGCUGCCCAGCGGAGGGUUCAAGGUGGACCUGGAGGUGGACAACCUGGACGACAAUAUUUACCGGCACCUCCUCUACAUCCGCCACUUCCUGUGGAGCCUGCGCAGCAAAAGCCCCCACCCCAGGGACUCCCCAGAAGCAGAGGCACCAAAGACGGAAGCAAUCAGCUGCCAAACCAGCCCCCAAGUGGACUCCAAAACGACAACCACCGGCUUGUCCGUGGUUCCAAGCUCCUUUGGUCGGGUCAACCGCAGGCGACCCGUCAGCUAUGCAGAACCAAGGACGGAAGCUGUCCACAACGCCAACGGCUCCGCUCGGGAUUACGAUGCCUGCGAGAUGCCACUUCCAGAGGCCUUACAGCAGCUCCGCUUGGAAGGGUCUCAAGGCAAGAACGGCGUCAAGUCCGUCACGGGGCCACCCGUCCCCUCGUGCUUGCUGACCCCGCCAAACACACCUCUCACCUUGGACUCCACAAGUCUCGAAGUUGCUCCAGAGACCAACCUGGGGAAAAGUGUGACGGACCCUCGAAGGAACGGCUUCAGUGGUUCCAAGACAACCACUUCUGAAGGUUCUUCACCAACACCUUAUGACUUCCCAACUCCGGCUUCUUCGAGUCGCAGCUCAGCCACAGACGACUUCUGCUACGUCUUUGUGGUGGAACUGGAAAAGGGACCCAUCGGCUUGGGGAUGGGGCUGAUCGAUGGUCUGCACACCCCCCUGAACUCUCCCGGGAUCUACAUCCGGACUCUGAUCCAGGACAGCCCUGCAGCCGCCGACGGCAGGCUCUCCAUCGGGGACCGGAUCCUGGCUGUCAAUGGCACAAGCCUCAUUGGUUCUGACUACCAGAGUGCGGUAGACCUUAUCCGAUCCGGUGGAAAGAAGCUGCGGUUCCUGGUGGCCAAGUCUGACCUGGAGAUAGCCAAGAAGAUCAGCUUUGGAUCUUCUCCGACUCCGUAGAAAUCGCCCCACAUUCACCGGCCAUCCACGGACACUGCAUCAAGGACAAUGAAGGUGGCGGGUGGCACAGACAGAUGACAGGCCUGGAACAUCUGGAUCCCGUCCAGGGUUUGGAUGACAGACGGUUGUGUCCUGAGGUGAGAACAUUCCCCAGAAGACGAUGCAAACAAAGCCGUAUUUAGGACAAAUAUCCUCUUCUAGCAGCCGUUCAUGACCGCACAAGGUUUGAAAAAUGCAGUAUCUGACUCUUUCUUCCUCCAAGGAGUAAGUCACCGCAGUUACAGAGCAGUUACAGUAAGUCCGAGUGUCACUUAUCUGACUCUGUGUUGAUUCCUAGGACAUUCCUCCAAAUGGUGGGCUGUUCUUGUCUUGAUUUCCUCGCAACAUUAAAACUUGUCCCCAAUUUGUUGGGAGCUCAGGAAGCUGUUAAAACAUGUCACUACAAAGGGAUGUUCCAGGUCGGUAAACUGGGAGGGAAAGGAUUUAGCUCUUCUUCUGUUCCUGUAUUUUCCUCUGAUAUUUUCAUCUCAAUUUAAAGGUCCUCUUUGGUUAUACCUAGUUGGCUCCGUAGGGUGCAAAAAAAUCAUGGAAAUCAGGCUGUUCUGUUUUGCAUCCGACAGAUCAGAAUUGCAUCCAGGCGACACAAAAUUGAAGUUUUAUGAACGACUCCCCUAUUUCAAAAUUCUGUCUAAACUGCUGCAUAAAAGACGGAUAUUUUUUUUAGUACCAAUAAUAAUAAUAAACUUUAUUUAUACGGACUACCAUAUUUCUCAGAAAAUAAGCCCUAGCAUGAUUUUGCAGGAUGCUCAUCACCUGAGUCCCUUCGGGUGAGAAGGGCAGGAUAGAAAUGAUGAUGGAAAUAAAUAUAAGCCCUAUCCCAAAAAGUGAGCCUCAGUUAAGUUUUUCAGCCAGAUGGAUGUGUUCGCAAUUUAUAAUUGCAAACUAUCUCAAGAAUAAUUGAAAUGCCUAUAGAAGACAUGUUUUGCCAGACGAUAAAUGAAACCAGAUAUAGAGGUUGGACUGUAUAUAUAUAUAUAUAUAUAUAUAUAUAUAUAUCAAAAAUACAACUCUGCGUUCUGGAAGAUUAGCGGCUGUCUUGUGACAAGACUUGGGCUCUGUGGAUUUCACAGAGGGCUUAUCGCAAGGCGGACUGACCACAUCCACCGCCCGAAGUGCCUGUCGCUGGUUCACAGGCAGGUGAUGACACUAAACUAUGCCCAGCCUCGGAAACCAAACAUUCUUCCUCCCUCAAACAUCAGAUGGUUUGAAUUGCUGAGGUCCGGGAGCCAAAAGAACGCUCAGUUCUUCCAGCUUGCUGCUGCCAACAGCAACAGCCUUAAGAGCACAACAUCCGCUCGAGAGAGGCAACAGUGCCCCGGAGUGGCUUCUGGCUCUCACUGCAACCCAAGCAUGUUGCAGAUUCACUUUGCAAGGCCAGCAUGGUAUUGGCGUGAACGUUGGACCACAACUCUUGAGACCAGGACUUGAAUCUCUACUUUGAUAUGGAAACCGACAGGAUGAACUUUGCUUAAAUCACACGUUAUAGGGUCACCAUGAUUCAGAAAUGACUUGGAAGAUAUGCAACAGCCUAUUAUCAGAUGGGAUUUACAUACAUUUGGGCUUGGUAUUGCCACAUUCCUCCCCAAGUGUUGAUUUGAUUUUUGCAUAGCCAACUACGUAUGACAAAAGAUGGUCUUUGAGUUGACAUGACCUGGUGCAAUCUCCAUUACAUGAUGUGGUAUGCAAUGGGGGAACAGAUAGUUGUCCUACUAGCAGGGACACUUCUCAACAAAAAUAACGUCCUAUAUGGUUUUCCAACCCCAUCGUAACUCCUUCAGCUACUGGGCUGCUAUGCCUAUGCCAGUGUAGUUAUGCCACCCAUUACAGUUAACACACUUUGUGAAAUGACUCCCUGUUCUCUAAAGUCUCUAUGAAAACUAUCAGGGUUUGGAAAAGCUACUUUUUGAGAGGCUGCAGCCUCCAGGAUAGUCCUCCAGGUUUUGUUAGACCACCAUUCCCAUCACCCAAGCCUGAUCUAACCCCUUUGUAAAAAACAAACAAAACAAAACAACUACCACGAUCUUUCUCUUGUGGCAACUCUAUGAAGGACUUCUGUAUAUAACCUGUUUCCAAGGAUCGAUUUUAUGCACAAAGUCUCUGCUAAGGUCCCUUUCAUUCAUGGAAAGAGGAUAGAAAAUAAUAAUUUGUAAAAACCUGUUCCAAUGACUUGCCCAUGAAUGGGAGAGGCUACCUUUUUUCUAAACAAAUAACUGAGAUCGACCAAAAACUGGCCAGUUUUCAACUUAUUUCUUUUCGCAGAAAUGAGCAUUCUUUGGCUAGUUUUACUGAAGGGAAUGGACUUGUUUGCCCUCAGGAAUUUGGAGGACAAAAAGGCCUCCCAGUUGCUUGGUUUGUUAAUAUGGUGCAUCUUUUUUUCUAAAAAAAAGUGUAUAUACUUAUAAUAUUGCAGACUAAUGUUAUAAAGAGCAAGGCCAAGGGUAUGCGGCAUGCGUGUUCAGAAUGCUACCCUCUGUGUUAAAGGACAAACUGGAUACAAUAAACUUAGCAGUUGGUGUGACAACAGGAAUCUGUGUUGUGUCCGACCCUGAAGUUCUGAAUGUUGUGUAUUUUUUACAACUGCUUUGCAACUCCCACAUGAUCUUGCUAAGUUUUCCUUGGAAUAAACCAUAGUGGUUUCCAAA